AUGAAAUCGGGUGUUCAGAUUCAGCGCACUUCUCGGAAGCGGCGGCUUCGGACUCCUUCUCGGGCGGCCCCGGACUCCUUCUCGGGCGGCCCCAUGGCAGUGCGGCUGCCGAGGUCGCCGCCACUCAAGGUGCUGGCAGAGUAGCUGCGGCACGACGGGGAGGGCAUCCUGGGAGCGUGGCGGCUGUUGCGGGCGGCGGCCGUGUGGAUGCAGGGCACGGUGGUGAUGGCUGACCGCGGCGAGGCGCUGCUGCGGGACCCAGGUGCCGCACGGCGGCCCUGCCUCGUCCCAGGAAAGUACGUGAUGGUGAUGGGAAUGGUACAGGCCUGCAGCCCCGAGCCACGCCUGUAGGCUGUGAAGAUCACUCUUUCUGAUAAUCCCAUCCGUGAAAGUAUGUGGGAACUGGAAGCGGAAGAUUUACACAGGUAUAUUCCUUAGAUGAUAUUGGAACUGUCGUUAAAAACAACCAAAAUCCUGAAACGAUUUAAAGGUGAUAAUGAUGUGGAUUUCAUGGCUGUUUUUCAAUGCGUAUUUUUCAAAAGUUUCUUAGAGAGCCUUGCUUUGGUUGACUGAGGAGUCUGGAUGGAGGAAUGUUUAAAUCCUGGGAUACUUCAGUGAUAGCCUCUGCUGCCCCUUGCUUUGCCUGUAUUUGCUGAUGAAAAGCAGAUGCUUUUUCUUCCUGGUGUCAGUUCUCUCUCUUUCUCUCAGACACAGAGGUCUUAUGUUGCAUUUUCCAAAUUUUAUGCAUGGUGAUACUUUUUCCAUUACUGCUGCAUCCCUGUUUUACAAUGCAAAAUUUAUCUGUCAUUGCCCUUGGUAAUUGAAGUGUGGUUAUGGGCAGGAAGACAGACUGUGUAAAAAAGGAAUGACAUCAUGGCUCCUCAUCUUCUUCAUCAGCAACUACCAUAACCAGUUUGCAAGUCAAAUGGCAUUUCCUAACAGCAGGCUCGGCGGCCCCAAAAGACAACAGCUCCCUUUCUGCUUCGGACACCACUCAAACAUUUAGACACCGCUCUAUUCAUUUCCCUUGGCUCUAUUCAUUUCCCUUGGCUUGAUACCUUCUUCCAUCACUCAGAUUUUGAGACGUUUUCAGAAUUUCUUGUUGAAAUGAAAAACAUCAAGAUUAAGGAUGCCUUUUAGGCCUUAGCUAAACUUCUGCCUCAUAACUUUGGGCGCGACAUGGCGAGCCUCCUGGCUUAGCGUUCUUUUGUCUUUUUGUAUGGAAUGACUUCGCUGUGAUUUGAAUGUUGGGUUUCUGCUGUCUGCUUAGUACCCAUGCCUGAUUUUUCGAGAUUGGACAUAUCAAGGGAGUUAGAUUAUGUUCUGACGUGGUUAUAGACUUUUGCCUGGAUUAUUGAUAUUCUACCUCUAAUAAAUUGUUUAAUAUGCUGUAUGGGUUUUUUUUUUUUUUUAAUAGACUUUUAAAAAAACAGCUCUAGGUUUUCAGAAAAAUGGAGCAGAAACUACAGCGUUCCCAUAUACUCCACACUCACACGCCACUCUCCCAGUUUUUCCUCCUGUGAACCAACAUCUUUUAUUAGGAUGAUACAUUUAAUAAACCAACAUUACAUUUUUUAAAGUCUAGUUUACAUUAGGCGUCAUUCUUCCUCUUAUACACUCUGUGGAUUUUGCCAAAUGCAUAAUAACAUGUAUCCACCAUUACUGUAUCAUCCAGAAUAGUUUCACUCCCCUAAAAAUCCUCUGGGUUCCCCUUGUUAACCCCUCCCCCCUACCCUGAUAAUCACUGAUCUUUCUUUUUCAGUUUUGCCUUUUCCAGAAUAUAUAGUUGGAUCAUACAGUGUGUAAUUUUUUCGGACUGGCUUCCUUAACUUGCUGUGCAUAUAAGAUUCCUCCAUGUCUUUUUUUUUUUUUUUUUUUUCUUAAUCUUACCCAGGCUGGAGUGCAAGC